UAUAAAAGAAUGAGAUUUUUCUUACGAAAUUUCACCAACUAAAAGAAUUCCAAAUAAUCUUACACAAUGAAGAAAACAACACUAUCUUUCCUUCUCUUAAUUACAUUAAUGUUUAUAACAAAUUUUAUAGUUUCUGAUGCAGCUUCUGCCUCAAACCCGGUGCUCGAUACUACAGGGAAAAUGGUUCGAGCAGGGUUCAACUACUUGGUCGUACCAGUAAGAAAGGAUUUAGGAGCCGAACUUGGGCUAGCCUUUAUUGGAACCCAAGUUUGUCCACUUGGUAUCGGCCCACGUCUCAAUCCUAACGAUGGAAUCCUUCCUAUAAUUUUUUUCCCCGUGAAUUCCAAAAAGGGUGUUAUCCGUGAGUCCACUGAUCUAAACGUUGAGUUCUUGGAAACUUAUACUAUAUGCAAACAUCUCUCCAACGUGUGGAGGCUUGAUCGUUAUAACCAUCAAGAGGAGGAUCAUCAUGUGAUUACCAAUGGAGGAGUGAAAGGGAAUCCUGGUCGUGAUACUAUUGCCAAUUGGUUUAAGAUUGUUAAAUAUGGAGCUGGAUACAAGUUUUUGUUUUGUCCAAGUGUGUGCAACUAUUGUGAGGUGAUUUGCAAGAACGUUGGGAUUCUCUUGCAGAAUAAUGGCCAGGCACUUUUGGCAUUAAGUAAUGAACCACUAGAAGUUGUGUUCAAGAAGAUGUAAAUGACAUGUUAUUUGUCCAAAGAAAUAUAUUAAGUAAAUAAAGAAUUGGAUGUAUAGUAAUUUGAUCCAGUUUCUUAUAAUUAUGGAAUAAUUACCUAAAUAAA